AUGAAACCCAAGAAGAAAAAAGAGCAAUGGGAAAAGGUCGAGGAGGUGAGUGUUAGCUUGGAGGAGGAGAUGGAAGCGACAACGGAAGAGCCGGAAAAGAAGACGGAAAAGAUUCACACCGAUAAAAUAAAAGCGAGUUUGAAGGAUGCUCCAAAUGCGAAAUACUACUAUCCGCCGAAAGUUACGGUGCCCCUACCGUCGUGUUUCUACAAUCCCUCAGGUUACGUCUGCUGCAACUUGCACCUGAACAAUCUCAUUGAAGACACAUUUGAAAUGAUCAAGAAUGUGAAAAGCUACAGCGCUUGCAAUAUCGCACGAAUGGCUACCAUCAUUCAGGUACUUUAG